AUGUCUAGGGAAUGUCCUCAAAAGAGGAAUCAGAUGCAGAGGAAGAGUGCGGGUCGAGUUUAUACUUUGGAUGCAAGGAAGGCUAAGAGAAACAUUGCCUUAAUUGUUGGUACGUGUCUCGUCAAUAAUCAUCCUUGUUUUGUAUUGUUUGAUUGUGGGGCGACACACUAUUUUGUAUCAAUUCAGUGCAUGAAGCGGCUUGGCUUGCAAGCAAUUCCUUUGUCUCCUCCUAUGGUGGUUACUACCGCCAUGGAUGAUGUGGUUGAGACACCAUUGAUUUAUGAAAAUUGUUCGCUCUCUGUGAAUGGUAGAGUUUUCCAGAUUGAUCUUAUUUGUUUACCACUUAAGAAUGUUGAUAUGGUUUUGGGGAUGGAUUACCUCUUUGUCAAUUCGAUGUUCAUAGGAUGUGAAGAUAAGUUGAUUAUCAUUCCAUCUAGUGAAGCUACUCCAAAGGAUGUAUUAACUACUAUCUUGGAAGGUACGGUUGGCAUGGUUCAUUUCUUAUUUAAGAAUGAAAAGUAA